UAUUUCCUAGUGGUCUUUGAAUAACUUGACAUCACAUAUUUUCUAAAUUUCCAUACAACUUAAUAUAAGUUACCCAAUCGAUAAUCUUGUUACGCACCAACUAUAAAACAUCUUAGUAAAAAUUGCAAUUCCUUAAAAUGGCUCCUGUCGAAAAAUUUCUUGCUAUCAUGGAUUUAAAGUCGGGCUUGUUAGUAACUGGCUUCGUGGACAUAAUCUUAAGCAUUCUUUGCGGAUGCUAUUUACCAUGGAUGAGGCGCAAAGUGGAAGCUGAUAUUUCGGUUCUUACAGAAGCAACGUCACAAUCCUAUGUGGCAUUUUAUACUGGUCCCGACUUCUACUACAACAGGUUCGGCUAUUCAAUGUACAUCUUUUGUCUGGUGGUCCUCAUCCUCCACAUUGGCGCCUGUAUUCUUGUUAUUACUUCCGUACUUUCAGAGGAUAAAAUGCUGGCUGCUCCCUAUUUAGCCACUGCCCUAAUGCGAUUCGUUGUCUUGCUUCUGAUUUUGAUUUGGAUAGUUACCAAGUCGUUUGAUGAUACCACCAGUUUUUGGUUGAUCGGUCUAAGUCUGUUUCCAGCCACUUACUUUUGGCUAACCGUCGUUUCGUGGUAUAACCCGAUCGAAGAAUAAAAUUUAUCCGUUGAAAUUUUAAACAACGUAGUCCGUGAAAUUGUCUGUCAGUUCAUUCUAGUACGUUUGUCAGACAUUGUCAUAUAACGCACAUGAAACACAGUCAACAAAAUGGGCUGCCCUACUAUGAAGAAGUGCUGCUGCCUCGAGCUGAAAUGGGGAGCUUUUAUUGUCGCUAUUCUGGAUGCGAUCAUGGCGGCUUCAGUUGCUUUCGACUGCCACUCCUUGGGCCGUUGGGGGGGCAGUAUGGAAAUUAUUUGGAUUGUCAUCAUGAUUGUCCACUUGGCUCACAUAGUAUGCUGCAUUUUAGUUAUUGUUUCUGUUUUUAAGCCGAACAAGAAUUUGGUUUUGCCUUACCUAAUAACUGGGAUAAUUCGCAUAAUUUUCGACAUAAUAGUAUUUAUAUACUAUUGCAUUGAAAUUGAAUUUGAGUUUCCUGUAACCAUGUGCCUUAUACUAGUUGGAAUAUGUCUUGCGGCUUUCUUUUGGUAUGUUAUAUACUCGUGGUUCAAGAAGCUCGGAGGCUCUACUCCACUGGAUUAAAAGUCCUUACAACCAAUUUAAAAAUCGAACAGUCGUAAAUCUAGAUAUCAUUGACAAUAACUCACUCGUAAAGCUAGAACAGAAAUUAUUACAAAUUCAAUAAUAAAGAAUGGGCUGGACUAUUGGGAAA